AUGGCUGACUUCACAGGGGAGUGCAGCUACUGGCAGCUGAGUCCGGACCUCUCCAUCCCUGCUCUGGAGGAGCUCAGCGUGUGCGUCCACCUCCAGCAGCACAUCAGCACACCGGCCUGGACAGCCUUCAUGUAUCGCCACCCUGACGGGCUGCAGGCUGAGCUGGGCCUGGCGGGUCAGGAGGGCCUGGUCCACACCUGGCUGUUUGGGAUGAGGUGGUCAGCCCCCCUCCACCUCCCCCUGGGCCACUGGCACUACGUCUGUAUAACCUGGUCUGGGGCGUCUCACCAGCCAGCCCUCUACGUCAAUGGGACCAGUGUGGAUGUUACAGCCCAUGCUAACGAAUCCCCCCUGUCCCCGUCCUGCUGCAGGCUGGCCCCGCACGGCACGCUCACCCUGGGUGUCUCCCACUACUUCAUCCAAGGGGAGAUGCAUGUGGAAAACGGUACCAACCUCAAUGGGAGUGUUUCUCUGUUCCGCGUGUGGGGGCAGGCACGCACCCCUGAACAGGUGUCGGACCUGAGCUGCACAGAGGGAGACGAGGUGCGCUGGGAUGCUGUGGACUGGCUUACUCUGAGCUGCCCUCCAGUCCCAGACUCCCAUCUACAGUGUGCCUGGUCUUUGUACGAACUUAAAGUCAAGAUCGCCAUCAUCUGCUACGAUGGAAACAGUACAGACGUAUACAAAGCCAGAGACCUUGCACAGAAAUGGCUCAGACAGAUAUUACCAUCCAACAAAUAUCAUUUGUACAGAGUCUCUGUGUCUGUGUCAACCAGCUUUGACUGCCUGGUCCACCUCAACGUGAUCCCCAGCUCUGAUGUCAGUACAGUGCAGAAACAGGUCUCUCAGUUGCUGAACACACCUCACAACAUCGGAUAUCUCACGCUAAUGGCUAACCCCCAGAGCAUCCAAGUGAACGCUGUAGAGGACUUCCCCCCUGCCACAGUCAUUCCUCCCAUUGUCAUGGCCACUGGAACCUCUUCUGACACAACCAAAGACCUUAGUGUCACGACUGGUGGCGAACUCUCAGACAUAUAUUUUGAGGUUGAUGUGAACGUGACCCUUACUGGGUUCUGUAUCCAUCCGGAACUGACUAUCAUUACCUGGCUGCAUGUCACUCUACCUGAUGAGAUGUUUGUUCUGACCUUCCAGCUUUUGGGAAAGGCAUACAGACACGGCUGCCGAUUCCAGAUGCGGGUGACAACGUCAUCAAGUCAAGAGGAGACAAGGACAAGGAUCCGUACCCUCCUGGAGAAGACGUACACCAACGGCACUAUAACCAUGGAAAACAAGUCCAACGACAUCAAUAUCCGUCAUAUACAUCUGCACCAGUGCCCAUUUGUGGUUGAGACCAUUCCAGACCUAGACAACAUUGAUGUCACUCCUGAGAAUGCUAUGGAUGUGGUGGAGAUGAUAGAGAGCCUGCUGAAGGACCAUCCAGACCUCAACUGCACUGAACUUAGCACCGUUCUGAAGAAACUCAAAAACAUUGUUUUCAUCAGCUGUAUGACCCCACCUCUGGGCAAAGCUAUCAUCAACAUCAUCUCAGACAUCUUGGAGUCUAAGAGCUACCUGCAGCAUGUCACCAACCAAAUACUGAACAUUACAGAGAUGGUUGGCGACAAGAUGUCUGGUUUUGACCAGACAAAUUACACUUUGGUUGCUUCUGCGAUGGCAAUCUCCGUGGUGGACGUAGACCGGGGCCAAUUUCAGGUCCUCACUUUUGGCGUCUCGUCCGCUGCAGAGGGCCUAAACCCCGAGAACAACCCGGAUGGGAAGAUCCUGAACACUUAUGUGGUCUCAGCCAGUGUCACCAAUGCCAGUGGCCCCAUCAAGGACCUAGAGGAGGAUGUAGAGGUGACACUACACCACGUGAUGUCCAAUCCACUUGGCAAGGAGGUGCAGUGUGUCUACUGGGACUUCAAUCAAAAUGAAGGAAAGGGAGGAUGGGAACAGCAUGGAUGCAGGAAGCACAACACCAGUGCUGACUAUACCACAUGCUUGUGUGACCACCUCACUCAUUUUGGAGUACUUCUGGAUGUAUCCAGGACUCAAAUCGACAUACAAAAUGAGGAAAUUCUGACCAUCAUCACUUAUCUGGGCUGCGGUGUAUCCUCCGUCUUCCUGGGAAUCACUGUGUUGACAUACACAGCUUUUGAGAAGCUCCGCAGAGACUACCCAUCCAAGAUCCUCAUUAACUUGUCUCUGGCGCUGCUGGGGCUCAACAUGGUUUUCCUGGUCAACUCCUGGCUCUCCUCCUUUGGCAGCUAUGGGCUUUGUGUGGCGGUGGCUUCCGCACUGCACUAUUUCCUACUGGCCUCUUUCACCUGGAUGGGCCUGGAGGCUGUGCACAUGUACUUUGCCUUGGUCAAAGUCUUCAAUGUUUAUGUGCCCUCGUACAUCCUAAAGUUCUGCUUCCUAGGAUGGGGAAUCCCUCUGGCUAUAUGCUGCGUAGUUCUGGUUGUGAAGAGAGAGUCCUACGGCAGCUCCCUCGGCAGUGAGUCCAUGGAACCACUAGAUAACUCCGAGGCGUUCUGCUGGAUCCAGGAUGAAGUGGCUUUCUAUGUGUCUGUGGUGGGCUACAUUCUGCUAGUAAUGCUGUGCAACAUGGCUAUCUUCGUGGUGGUCCUGGUCCAGAUCCGCCACAUGCGGGUCAAUCAGCCGGCCGGCAUCCACAGCGGCCUCCUUCUGCAGGACCUGAAGGGGGUGUCCAGUCUCACCUUCCUGCUGGGUCUCACCUGGACUGUGGCUUUCUUCGCCUGGGGGCCAGCCAAGGUUCCCUUCCUCUACCUCUUCUGUGUCCUCAACAGUCUGCAAGGUGAGUGA